GCUUCCUUUCCUCCUUCCCUCUUGAUAGUGUGUGCAGAGUGAGUUGGACAUGGAUACCGUUAAAAGCAUCCUUGCUGAAUACAAAAUCCACAAUGCGGACAUCACGUUACGCAGUGAUUCAACAGCAGAUGAUCUAAUUGAUGUAGUUGAGGGCAAUCGGGUGUACAUCCCCUGUAUCUAUGUUUUAAACAAAAUUGACCAGAUCUCGUUGGAGGAGUUAGAUGUCAUUUACAAAAUACCACAUUGUGUGCCAAUCUCUGCUCAUCACCGCUGGAAUUUUGAUGAUCUACUCGAGAAACUAUGGGAUUACUUACACCUUGUACGGAUUUACACCAAACCCAAGGGACAAUUGCCUGACUACACUUCACCAGUGGUGUUACCACAUAGAAAAACUACCGUUGAGGAUUUCUGCAUGAAAAUUCAUAAGAACUUAAUUAAAGAGUUCAAAUAUGCUUUGGUGUGGGGCUCCUCUGUGAAGUACAAUCCACAGAAGGUUGGCAAGGACCAUGUGCUGGAAGAUGAGGAUGUAAUUCAAAUAGUCAAAAAGUAAAAUAGGACACAUGAUUUCCA